GCUUCAUUCAGGAAUAUACAGACAUUCCACCGAAGUGCUUCGUAACGGUAUUGCCAUGACAACCAGAACGUGCCUUUCCUUCUCAUCUCGUACCCCGCGCGCUCGUUCUAUUUUUACUGGCUACUUGUCGAUGUGCUAUGCAUAAAUAAACCUGACGCUUAUGCUAGCGCACAGUAGUUAGUCUGCUACUUUUGUGUCUACUAUCAAAUGCUAGCUUAUCGGAAGCCCGUUCCUGUUAGAAUAAUGAAUUGAAUGAUACUGACAUCUUUGUUAGUUUACCUGACAGGCUACCUGGUAAUUGCCGAGACUAACUCCGUUUUGAAACGGAAUUACGCGACGCCACGCUCUGCGUUUUUGCUAAAGCAUGUUUUAUGUGCGAUUAGCGCUGCUAUAGAGUGUAUUUUUAAAUGGGUAAUGUAAGCUAAACCUGUCGCACUGCGAAGCCUCAAUAUUGUUUUGAUACUCGGAACAACAGAAAGGGGGUGUGGGAUGCGCACCGCAGGACGCAUGCUCGCUGCUCUUCAUCCGGGUACCUGCCGUUGACUGUGGGUACGGAGGCGGGAAAUGGCGUCCAGAGGUGCGGGGAGGACAGAGGUGAACCUCGUCUGAAGAGGCACGCAAAAAACAGCAAGUGUCAGCAGCCCUGAAAACGACAGUGAUACUGCGACUCGUUCCCCGGAGAUUCGUCCAUCUUACAUGUGACUCCUAACAAAAUGAAGCUGAGAAUGCGCAAGGCUUCUCAGCAGCCGAACCUCGCCCGCAGGCCCAGCCCGGCCCGGACCAAGCGGAAGCACGCUGAGAUGGAGGAGUGUCCAGAUGAUAGCAAGGGCCUUCUGUCCAGCAUCAAGAAGUUCAUCCAUGGAAGUUCCAUAAAGGUGGAGUCGGACAACCCAGCAAAGAGGAAUCGCCUGAGCUGCGAGCUGAUAACCUCUACUCCACAGAGGAAAAAUGACCUGCAGAGGAAAAGCAUUUACAGGGCCCGCAGAAAAAGCUUUGUCAAUGGAGAAACCACAAACCAUGACACGAGUAAGCCUGUCAAGCCUAACGGGAAGUUGGAGGACUCUGAGGAGGUUGUGAGCAGUCCACCCCGCACCACCCUACUUGGAACCAUCUUCUCUCCUGUCUUCAAUUUCUUCUCACCAGCAAAUAAAAAUGCCUCAGAUUCCCCAGGUCAGGUGGUGGAGGCAGAAGAGAUUGUGAAACAACUAGAAAUGGAGCAAGUAGAAGAGUUGCCCACCAGUACUGCCACAUCUAAAGAGCCACUAAGUGUUCCUCUCUACACCAGUGCCAUGCCCUCGGCCUUUAGACCUCCACCAUCCAUUCAUACACCUGCAGAGGAGAGUGUAAACACCCCCCACUCUGACCUGCCGCCUCUUACAGCUCCUGGCUCUCCUGCAACAGGGGGUUAUGUGGACGCCUCUCUUACUGUCCCGGCUGAAGGAUCAUAUGAAGAGGAGUGGGAAGUGUUUGACCCGUAUUUUUUCAUCAAACAUGUACCUCCACUAACAGAAGAGCAGCUAACUCGCAAACCUGCGCUCCCUCUGAAGACUCGGAGCACACCUGAGUUCUCCCUGGUGCUUGACCUGGAUGAAACCCUUGUCCAUUGUAGCUUGAAUGAGCUGGAUGAUGCAGCACUAACCUUUCCUGUACUCUUCCAAGAUGUCAUAUACCAGGUUUAUGUGCGAUUGAGGCCAUUUUUCAGAGAGUUCCUUGAACGCAUGUCACAGAUUUAUGAGAUCAUUCUCUUCACUGCCUCUAAGAAAGUUUAUGCAGACAAGUUGCUGAACAUUCUCGAUCCGAGGAAACAGCUGGUGCGGCACCGACUAUUUCGUGAGCACUGUGUGUGUGUGCAAGGAAACUACAUUAAGGAUCUGAAUAUCCUUGGACGGGAUCUGUCCAAGACUAUAAUUAUUGAUAACUCACCACAAGCCUUUGCUUAUCAGCUUUCCAAUGGGAUUCCAAUUGAAAGCUGGUUUAUGGACAAGAAUGACAGUGAACUUCUGAAGCUGGUACCUUUCUUGGAGAAACUGGUGGAAUUGAAUGAGGAUGUGCGGCCACAUGUCCGUGAACGGUUUCGGCUUCAUGACCUCCUUCCCCCUGACUGAGUGGACAUAGUGGGACGGGACAGUAACAAAGACAACAAAUGCAGAUAUACAUUUUGCAUUAUAAGAUCAUUGCCAUUUAAUCUUGAAAUUACCUUUCUUUUAAUUUCUUUUUUUUUAUUUAUUCCCCACAUUUUUUUUUUUUCCUUUUUGAAAACAUCAAAACAAAAAUCCCUUUUCGGCGCUUUUUGCCAUUUGUUCAGUCAGAGGGGUUUUGAAGUUUCUAGUGUGGUCUCUUCAGUUGUUUCAUCCAGUACAAAGUGAAUGUGUAGCAGUCAGAAGAGAAGAGGAUCAUGUUGUCUUUUGGUGCUCCAAUGGGAUUGGUUGACACUGUUGGGCUUUUGACCAAUUUCAUAAGGAAUGGCCAGUAAGAAAAUUUUACUGUCUGACAGAAGUUAGAUGCUUGAGUGAAUGUUUUUUUUUUUUUCUAUGCUAAGUUUAAUUUUUCAUCGAUGUUUUCAGUAUGCAUUCCUCCCCAUCUGUACACAUUGAUCGGUGUUUACUUCAGAUCUUGUUCUCUCCACUCCUGGCUUGUUUUGUUUGCCAAAAUGUCUUCAUUUCUCAAAGAAUCUUCUAGAUAGCUUAUAGUUAAUUUUCACAGUACAGUGGAAUUACUUUUUUCCCUUAAAUAUAUGGCGUGAUUGAGAAUGGUUUAAACCAAAGUGAUGUCUGUUUUAUAGAGAAAGAUUUGCAGCGACUAAGUUCUUAAAUUAAGAUGUUUACCGGUGAAGCAGAUGUCUGCAACUUCCAGAUAUUUAUUUACCUUUCAAGAGCCAACAACAUAUUAAUUAGUAGCAUCUCAAUGAUGUUUUGUCUGCCACUGUUUUUUUUUUUAAUAAAAAAAAAAUACUGUUUUGCUUCAUAUUUACUCUAUUUUUUUAUAUUUUACUUUUUUAAGUCCUUUUAAAGAGCUGUCACCGUUAAGUAUUAGUGUUAAUUACGUGGAGUUAAUGUAGCAUUUGCUCAGAGCUAAUCUGUUCUAACUUAACUGCAAAGGAGAGGAUAAAGGGCUGGAGCCUGGUAGAGCCCUGUUUAUAGCACCAGCAUAACAAUAGUCUCAUCGCUGUGGUUUAAACCUGCCUGCGUGACGUUCUGGGUGAGGGGGAAGUGUAGCUCUGUCAAGAGGUAUAUUGUGACGUAAGCUAGAUGAAUGAGUGUGCAUCACAGUCUGAGAGUUUGCUGAUCACAGAGCAAAAACAAUUUUCAUCAUUUCUUUCUUCUCAUAUUGCCUUUUCAGUUGUAAAGCUAAAGAUGAUGCUUCAAAUCGAGUAAUACAGAGUAAGAGUUGAAACUACAGUAGUGCCAUUCAGGGUGCGUGAAGCAGGGCCAGGCUAGUUGUAUCUCCUUCUCUCUUUUUCUGCUCUGUCCUGUUUGUUUUGGGAACGAACUUGUUCACUUUCUACAUGUCGUUGGUGCCAUUUAUGCUGUUUGUGUUUACAGUGUGCCGUUUUCUGAUAAAUGGGUCAUCCUUAGUAAUAGACAAUCACUGAUGUAAUCAUCAUUAUGUCUAAAUUGGAUUGUGGCCCUGUCCUAGUGUUUGUUCUUUUUAACUUUUUAAUUUUUAACUUUUUUUUUUUUUUUUUUUUUUUUUUAGUCCUUUUUAAAAACAAACAAAAAAAAACAUCUUGUAUGCAGUAAAGUUAAAUUUAGUGGGGUUUUUAAAAAUAUUUUUUAAUUGCAAGGUGUUUGUAGUGUAACUCUAAGUAUCCUGUGGUACUUCCCAAUUGAAAGAGAAGAGGAAGGACACAAAGAAAAUUGUGAUCCCAAGGAUCCUGCUCUACUGACAGUUUUUUUGUUUGUUUGUUUUUUCUGUUUGACUGAGUCCACAAGCACAGUAUUUCUCUCAUAUAAUGACUGAUUCAGCAAUGGUUGCAUAUUCAUAUUGAACAUGGUUAAACAUAGUGUUACAUAGUAAGUAGCAUUUUAUUAGUGAAGUAUUCCUUUUCCUUACAUUAAUUACACAACAAUUGAAUGAUGCUAAACUGAAUGGCAUCCCUUAGUCCAGAUUGAUGUUGGGAGAUGGGUUGCAACUACCGUUAGGCCCUGGCACUUUCUUACAAAGAAAAUAUUUUGUAUGAUUGUCAAAGAGCAGUAGUGUAUUAAAUGUAAAAAAAAAAAAAAAAAUAACAAAAAAACAAAAACAUGAUGCAGAGGUUUGUUUCAUAUGUACAACAUGUUCAUUGUAAUGUGCAUUACUUCUGUACAAAGCAUAUUGUACUAAAAACAUGCAGCUUCAUGAAAAGAAACGUUAAAGGAAAUCUUUUUGUAUUUUUGAUUACUUGUAUUCCAAAAGGCAUGUCAUAUCUAUUUUUUCAAAUGUAUUCAUUUUCAAAUGUAUUAAUGCAGAAGUUGUCAUCCGUUUUUUGUUUUUCUCCUUUGUAUUUUGUAUGUAGUUGGCACAAUCACUGAACAUUCUCCGCAUGUAAAAAGCCUGUUAUGUGAGAGUUGGGGUUUUAAUCGAGGCACUUUUUUUGCAGAUGAAUGUUUCAGGUUUGUUUUCUUUUAUACUCCAUAUUCAAAAGCCAUAUGGCUUGCGAUUGUCCUUGAGCUGCAUUGGGGAAACAUUCUAGGUCUAAAUGUCAUUUCCUGAAACGUGUUAUUUAAGAUUGUUCAUAUAAUGGAAAUUAAGUCUGGAAAAUUGCAUGCUCUUUUAUUUUAAUGUUAGCUUAUGUCAGAACAACAUGUUAGAUACUUAAGAAUGGAUGGUUGUAUUUCAUGUCUUUUUCUGCUACUUCAUUUUACCAUCAAAUGGUGUGUAAUAUCAAGGAGAUUUUAUGAAUAUGAUUAUGACUUGUAUCAAUUUUGUGUGAUGCCGUCAGCAUAACAUGACAUCUUAUUGAUGCAAUUUGAUGCAACCUCACAAAAGUGAACUGAAAGCCUUAAUGUCACUUAGAGCAAGUUAAGGUUAAUGCACAUAAAAGGAGUUAAGAUCAAAUUUUACCUAUACGUUUUGUAUAUGUUUCAGGGUUCCCACGGUCAUGGAACCAGAAAAUUGUGAUUUCCAGGCCUGUAACAGUCAUGGAAAUUAAUAAAAUUUUCAAGUCAUGA